AGCGCGCCUAAGACAGGCUGACCCGACUAUCAGCAUCUCCAAACGACUCCAGUCAGCUCUGCAUCAGCUGUUUCCGGGUUUCACUCUGUCGGCUAUUUAUUUGCUUGUGUUUUAUUUAAAUAUUUAUGCAUUUGGUCGCCUCGGCCACACCUUCUCAUCUUUCCUGUUUAAUUUUCUAACCCCCGUCCCGGAGCUUCACUUAAGAAGCGGGAGGGAAGGAAGGAGGAGGAGGAGGGGAAGGAGGAGGAGGAGGAGAAGGAGGAGGCGGCGUCUCGUUCUUUUGCGGAUUAAACUGAACCUCCCGCUGCCCCUCCUGUCCUGUCCGCUGUUCGGCAGUGGCGAAGGGGACAGCGAUACGAAGCUUUCCAAUGAGCUGCCAGCCUCAGUGCCCCGUGGAUGUCGUGUCCUCAUCCGGAGGAGAAAAAUUUGGAACCGGAGAAAUCAAGCGCAGCCGCGGCGGCAAAUGCUAGAAUGGCUCUCGGCUCGUUGUGGAUGCUCUGACGUUGCUGCAGACCAUGUCUUCCUCAAAGGCAGGAGAGUCGGACAAUGUCUUUGAUUUUAACGAAGCAAUUCCAGAGACCAAACUUCUGGACAGCAGCCUGCAAAAGGCCCGCGCUCAGCUGUCAGUCAAGGCCAGGAGGCACCGGCCGUCACGGUCCAGGCUGAGGGACAGCAUCAGUUCAACAGAGGGGGACGAGAGCCUGGAAAGAAAGUCCUUGGAUGGCUAUGGAAGCCCCCUGCACGGUAUGCGCUCCCCUUUUCACUCGGCCCUGCGUGGCUCGUCUCCAUCUCCGGAUUCCACCCUGUCGUCUUCACCCGUCCUGAGGGGCACGGCCUUCUCCUUUGACACGUCAGCUGUACGACGCACCUUGGAGGAAGGAGAGACCUCCCCCGCCACGGCCCGCGGUCGCUACCAGCCUCUCACCAACGCCUCGUCCCAAGAGGCCUUGGGGUCCACGCCCACCAGCUCGCCGUCCAAGUCCUGCCCAAGCUCCGACAGCUCUCCUGUGUACAUCCGACGAGAACGCCGGACAGAAAGUGAAGAUGACAGCCGGGAUACAAGCCCAGCAGAGCCAGGGAGUCCCACCGUUGUCUUGGAUAAGAAGACCAAAAGAAGAUUCCUGGACCUCGGGGUCACCCUCCGCCGCUCUUAUGGGAAAGGUCGGAAAGAAAAGUCGAAUAGGCUGUCGGUCGGCAACAGAGAUCCCUCGGAGAGUCCGUCCCGCUCCUCAGGGUCACCAUUUGUGCCUUUCUCCUGCUUCUCAGAUGCUACAAAGGGAUCUGCCUCAUCCAACAGCACGCCGUCCUGCUCCCCCAAGGCUGCGUCCGACGGCUUCAGCCCACGGAAAUCCAAAUCCCAGGAGUCAACUCUGAGUGAUGACUUUAGUUCUCCGUCUCCACGAACCCCCAGCGAGAAGAAGUCCUCUCAUCCGUAUCAGACCCUCUCACAGUCAUCUGACGAGCUGCUGGAUGAGCCCCUGUACCCUGUGUCUACAUGGACCACCCAGCAAGUGUGCCAGUGGCUCAAAGGUCUAAACAUGGAGCAGUACAUCGCAGAGUUCACUGCCAGGGACGUCGACGGAGAGCAGCUGCUGCAGCUGGAUGGCACAAAGCUCAAGGGCCUGGGAGUGAGCAACUCGGCUGACCGGAGUGUGCUGAAGCGACGUCUCAAGGAGAUGCAGGCAGCAGUGGAGAAGGAGAAGAAGGCAUUGGACAAACUGGAGAGACAAAAGGAGAAACAGCGCAAAAGAGAGCUGGAGCAGAGAAGAAGCUAGAGGGUGGGCUCAGGGGAGACAGAGAAACCCCCCCACCCCCAGCUCCCACAGCAGCCCACCCUCUGCACCCUCUCCAGAUCCUCUUGGUGAGAAUUCCCAGUCAGCAAAACAGAAGAAAAGCUACAUGGGCAUCAGUUUAAGAGCAUCUCGCUGACCUGGACCAGGAGGGUGCGGAACAUGGGCAGCCACUUCCUGACAGAGACGUACUGUACGUGUGAAUGGAUUCCAGUGACGCUCCUACUUAGCAAUGAAUGUGUCGGGACGAGGCUAAGGCCACCAUGACUAAGAAGCACAGAUUUUGCAGGUUGGAGGAAGAGGAGGAAAACCUUGACCCGUCCAGGUUCUAGGGUGGUCCUGUUGUUUGGACUGCCUACUUGGCGGACUCUCAGAUGUCUUCACAGUUCAUCUCAUUUAACCGCUCUCCUCGCUUGUAUGCUUGACUUGCAGUUCAUUUCCUCAUUAAAAAGGAUAAAAUCAGACAGAAAA